CAGAGAAGGCACCUGCAGGAUGAAGGCUGUCUCCCUCUUCCUCCUCCUCCCUGUCCUGGAGCUGCUGGUGUCCGGCGAGUCCUUGUGUCCCGUGGAUGCAGCCAUCAAUCAGAAGAUCCAGAAAGGCACCAUCUCCCUAAUUCUUGAGGCUCUGAGGAGAAUCCACCUGGACUGCCGAAGCGUUACCUCCAGUGGGGACUUGGUCACCUGCCCAUCAGGUUUCGCUGUCACUAGCUGCACAUGUGGCUCCGCCUGCGGCUCUUGGGACGUGCGUGCAGAGACCACGUGUCACUGCCAAUGCGCUAACAUAGACUGGACCGGAGCGCGCUGCUGCCGCAUACAGGCCUCAAUCUGA